UAUAUAUAUAUAUAUAGUUGUUAUCACAUGUCUCUCUAGUUUUCCUUUUCCUGUUCUGUUAAAUCACCAGCAUACUAGCAAGAAUAUGUGGAAGCUUAAGAUUGCUGAAGGUGGGGGGCCGUACAUAUACAGCACCAACAACUACGUCGGUAGACAAAUAUGGGAGUAUGACUCUAAUGCCGGCACACCGGAAGAACGAGUAGCGAUUGAAAAAGCCCGUCAAGACUUCACAAAAAACCGGCGGAAUGGUUUCCAUAAUGUCUGUGGUGAUUUGUUGAUGAGAAUGCAGAUGAUCAAAGAAAGUGGGAUUGAUGUGUUGAGUAUCCCUCCGACAAGACUAGGAGAGGAAGAAGAAGUGAAUUACGAGGCUGUCACAACAGCUGUUAGGAAAGCCGUACGAUUGAACUGUGCACUUCAAGCUAAAGAUGGGCACUGGCCAGCUGAGAUUGCUGGCCCAAUGUUUUUUACUCCUCCCUUGCUGAUUGUGUUGUACAUUAGUGGAGCAAUUGAUACAAGUUUAACGUCCGAGCACAAAAAAGAAUUAGUUCGAUAUAUCUACAAUCAUCAAAAUGAAGAUGGUGGGUGGGGAUUAUACGUAGAUGGACACAGUACCAUGAUGGGAUCAGCACUUAGCUAUGUGUCCUUGCGUUUGCUUGGAGAAGAGGCUGAUGAUGGUGAUGGUGCCAUUGCUAGAGGUCGAAAGUGGAUUCUUGAUCAUGGAGGUGCCACUGGAAUUGCCUCAUGGGGAAAGCUUUAUCUUUCUGUGCUUGGAGUGUACGAGUGGGAUGGGUGUAAUCCACUCCCACCAGAAUUCUGGCUUUUCCCUUCCAAAUUUAUUUUCCAUCCAGCAAAAAUGUGGUGUUAUUGUCGGACAACGUACAUACCGAUGUCAUACUUGUAUGCAAGAAGAUAUCAUGGACCGUUAACUGAUCUUGUUAUUUGCAUAAGAAGUGAAAUUCAUGUAAAACCUUAUGAUCAAAUUGAUUGGAAUAGUGCUCGCAUGGAUUGUUAUAAGGGGGACAUCUACUACCCUCAUAGUUUCAUACAAGAUCUGUUGUGGAAUACUCUUCAAUACUGCACUGAGCCAUUCAUGAGUCUUUGGCCUUUCAAAAAAAUUAGAGGAAUGGCUAUGAAAAAAGCAAUCGAGUUAAUGCGCUAUGAGGCAGAAGAAACCAGAUAUAUUACCAUUGGUUGCAUAGAAAAGAGUUUGCAAAUGAUGUGUUGGUGGGCAGAAGAUCCAAAUUGCGAUGAGUUCAAAUACCAUCUUGCUAGACUUCUUGAGUAUUUAUGGGUUGCUGAAGAUGGAAUGACGAUGCAUAGUUUUGGGAGUCAAAAUUGGGAUUCCACUUUUGCCACCCAAGCUAUAAUUGCCAGUGGCAUGGUAGAAGAAUAUGGAGACUGCUUGAAAAAGGCUCAAUUCUAUAUCAAAGAGUCACAGGUAAAAGAAAAUCCAAAAGGAGACUUCAAAAGCAUGUAUCGUCGUUUAGCAAAAGGAUCAUGGACAUUCUCUGAUCAAGACCAGAGUUGGGGUCUUUCCGAUGGCACAGCAGAAGCUCUUAAGUGUCUGCUAUUCCUUGGGCAAAUGCCUCCAGAAAUGGUAGGAGAAAAGGCCGAUGCUCAGUGCUUGUAUGAAGCUGUAGACUUUUUACUUUAUCUUCAGAGUCCCGACAAUGGUGGAUUUUCUAUCUGGGAGCCAGCAGUUCCGCAACCAUAUAUGCAAUUGUUGAAUCCCUGUGAAUUCUUUGCAGAUAUUGUAGUAGAGAGAGAGCAUAUAGAACCUACAGGAACUAUAAUCAGUGCAUUUUCAGCCUUCAGAUGUCAAUAUCCAAAUUAUAGACCAAUAGAAAUAGAUCUGUCUAUUGCAAAGGCAGUACAAUGGCUUGAAAAUCAACAAGAAGCAGAUGGGUCAUGGUAUGGGUACUGGGGAAUUUGCUUCCUCUAUGGCACUUGCUUUGCCCUAUCGGGUCUGGCAGCUGCAGGAAAGAAUUACGAGAAUAGUGAAUCCAUUCGCAAAGCUGCUCACUUCUACCUAUCUAAUCAGAACAUAGAAGGUGGCUGGGGGGAAUGCCUUGAAUCUUGCCCAAGCAUGAAAUACAUACCGUUGGAAGGGAAUCGUACAAAUUUUGUACAAACAGCAUGGGCAAUGCUAGGACUCAUGUACAGUGGACAGGCUGAGAGGGAUCCAACUCCUUUACACAGAGCAGCUAAGUUAUUAAUCAAUGCACAAAUGGAAGAUGGAGAUUUCCCUCAACAAGACAUUACUGGAGUCUGUAUGAGGAAUUGCAUGUUGCACUAUACUCUAUAUAGGAGUUACUUCCCAUUGUGGGCAUUGGCUGAAUAUCGUAAACAUCUGUGGACAUCCAAAAAUCACUAAAUUCAAAUCUUAUUAAAAAUAUCAUAUGUGGAAUUGCAUGUAUCCAUUCCACCUCCUUGUUAUCAUGUAAUACAAUCUUGUGGUUUGCACUAUGUUACUUUUAGAAAUAACAAUCAUUGUAUGAGUUUGAUUC